AUGUUAUUGCCUAUUUGCUACAAAGUGAAGCUAUUGCUGUUUCGUGAAACACCAUUGAAGCUACUGCUAUUCAUCAACAUAGUUACACGUUAUUCUUUGACUGCUGCAAGUUUUGGUUACUGCUCACAAGAUUAUAUUGGGGCACUUGAUAGAACACAUGUUCGUGUCAAAGUGUCUAAUGAGGGUGCACCAAGAUAUCGGGGUAGAAAGGGUUGGGAAGGAACUGCUUCAGAUUCAAGAAUAAUAAAGAGUGCUUUAACUAGAAACGAUAACUUAAAAAUCCCACUAGGUAAAUAUUAUCUUGUUGAUGCGGGAUACAUGAAUAGAAGUCGUCUGAUUGCACCUUAUAGGGGAGUGCGUUAUCAUUUAAAAGAGUACUCUGUUCGUCCCCCUGAAAAUGCUAAAGAAUUGUUUAAUUUGCGACAUACGUCAUUGCGCACUGUUAUUGAAAGAGCAUUUGGUGUACUUAAGAAGAGAUUUCCUAUCACAGCAAGUACUACAGAGCCUAAUUAUUGUGUUGACACCCAAAAUGAAAUCAUUUUAGCAUGUUGCAUACUUCAUAAUUAUUUAAUGGGAGUCGAUCCUGAUGAAAGUCUUAUUGCUGAAGUUGAUGAAGAGGUUUUGUAUUCUCAUCGUGAACGUGUGGCCCCUACUCCAAGAGAAGAUGAUGAGGAUGCUAGGCAAUGA